CCCCUUCACUUUCCCUGAGCCCCUCACACUCUUUCCCUCUGUAUCGCGAGAAAUUGACUGGGACAGGAGGCAGAGAAAUAAUCAUAUGCUUAUAACAUAUUGAGAGAGCAAAAUACACGUUAUAGAUGCCAUAUGAUUCAUUUUUUUAGAACGUUGACUAUUUAUUGAUGCAUAACGUAAGAUACGGUGGCUAGUCAAAGUGGAAUGAGAACUAUUACUGAAGGCAACAACACUGGCUUCUUGUCUAAACAACCAGCUAGCUAUGUAGCCGCCGAGCUAGUUAGCUAGCUAGCUAAAUCUGCAACAUAGCCAGCUACGUAGUUUAGUUAGCUUUAGCUAGCUAGCUAAAGCUACUUCAGAAAGCAUUGGUUAACAUUUUCGACUCCGCUUUAUUUUUUUUUGUCCCCCGAACUACAAGCUCACAUAAGCACAGCGCAGGUCUCCAGUUACACCCUGACCCGAAAAUGGCCAUGGAUCCACAUGUCUGAUUUCUUGGAGAGGUCUGCUCAGCUCUGAUCCUCACUGAACUCUAGCUCGCCAUAAUACUUUUGAUGUAUUCUAAAGUCACUCAGUAUGCAGAUUCUUACAUAUGGAUUUGAGUUAGCACUCACUUUUUUUAUGCAGAGUGCACAACCCUUUCUAAAGCUGCACAGUUGUUUCUUAAAUGGGGACAGACUGUCAUCACUCUUUUUUCGGUCCAUUACUUUUCCACGGCCUGUGUAAAGCUUUACCCCAUGAACAGAGCGUGCCUUCUUGACCCCAUUAGCUUGUGACAAUCGCUUGAUCUUCGAUCAGAAGGCUUUAGUGAUUAGUCUGUAAAUCACAGAAAAUCAGUCACUUCUAUAGUUAUGAACGGCUCCUUAUUACCCCCGCCCAGCCCACGGGCUGCAACGAACCCAUCCACUCUUCCUCCAUCCCCUUCUCCCUCGCCUUCUCCUCCAUCUCCCUCAUUGCUUCCCCUUUCUGUGCGUCCACCACCUUUACCCCCUCCAGCUUCUGGCCAGCCACUGUCUUCUCUGUCUGACACACCAACCCCCUCACCUUCUCCUUGCCUCAGCUGGACAGAGUUCUGUGAGUUUCAUGCCCGGGUAGCUGCUGGCGAUUUUGCCCGUCACUUCAGGGCCUUUCUCCUGGAGAAUCCACAUUAUUCCCCUGAUUCUGCUGCUGCUUUCUGCCGCCGUUUCACUGACCGAUUUGUUCAGCAUUUUGAGAGCGAACUUGAGGGAAGCGGUGCAGUGAGGGAGGGUACAGGGAUUUGGGUCACGCAGUCUGAUGGUACAUCACUGGAGGAAGAUGCGACCUCUCCACCACUUCUGCCACCUGAUGCUGUUGCAACCUGCCAGCCCACACACGUCAGGGCUCCGCCCAAGCCACUUUCAUCUCGGCAGGAAUCAGACACUCGAUGUGCAGACAGAUUUCAGAUUCCCAAUGUUUUCCAGGACUCAUAUGCUCAUGCACAAAUUUUGCCACCUUCUUCUUCUUCGUCUUGUUCAUCUUCAAUGGGAGGGAACAACGGUCGAAGGGAAGAUAGGGUGUUGACGGUUAAAAAGUAUCCUGGCCACUUGCCUGAUAACGGAGACCUGGAAGAAGAGGAGGACAGUUGGGUCGGGCCAGUGACAGGAGAGGAGGCAGAGUCAGAUGAGCUAGUGGGGAAGGAUUGUGAGGCAGAGGGUAACACUCUCACAGACAGACCUGACAGCAGCCUGACGACACCACUAAGCCCUGCUGCUGGUGGACCACUAAACUCUGGGUCAAAGGGCAUCAUCCCAGGUGCAGGUGGUCACUCCAAAAACAAGCUAAAGAAACGCUUCUCCCUGCGCAAUGUUGGCCGCAGUGUGCGGGGUAGUGUGAGAGGUAUCCUGCACUGGCGGAGCUCCUCUAGUGAAUCCCCUCAAAGUUGUGGCUCGGCUAAUGCCACGCCACUGCCCUCCAGUUACAGUUACACUAUGGGCCUGCAGGAUGCGAAGAGGAAUGCCCAAGGUGCUCCAUCCUCGCUUCCUGUCUCACUUUCCCUGCCCCUUUCACUCCCUCACUCAUCGUCCUCAUCCCUGCCGCCGUCAUCCUCCAGCAGUGCCACCUCUCUCUCCCUCUCUGAAGCUCGUGAUCGGAGGAGGAGUAAUGGAGAAGGUGAGAAAGAGAAGUGGACUCACAGGCUGGAGAAGCUGCGACUGUCCCGCUCUCCACCACCAACCCUACAAGCACCUGUGGGACCCACGUCAUCCUUGUUGCCCUCUGUCCUACCAUCUAGGAAGACAGGUAGACUUGUGCGAGAGGGAGGAGUGAACGUCUGCUCCUCUGCAGAUGAAUUUGCUGGCUCUCUCGGCUUUCCGGGCUUCUCUUUUGGUUUGUUCCACCAUGGCAUGGACAGUAACAGUGCAGUCUCUGGCUCCAGUGCAGAGCAAACAGGUGGAAUGCCUCCUCCAGUCACAGUGGGGGCGAUAACUGGACGGGGCACGCGCUGGCACAAGUGUCGACUGGUUCUGAAAGAGCGAGACAAGGAAGGAGGCGAGAGAGGAGAGGAGUACUUCUUAGAGUUAUACAUCCCUCCAAAGGCUUCCAAGCCCAGACUAACUAUCCCAUGCUGCUGCAUCUUAGAGGUCAGGAGCACCACAGCUCUUGAAGUGCCAGACAAAGAAAACACUUUUCUUAUGCAGUUGGAAGGACAGGUCCAGUAUGUCAUUGAGACCAGAGAUGCUGUUCAGAUGAGAGCUUGGCUGAGUGACAUUAGAAACAGCAUCUGUCUCAGUGAGCAAGAGGAUAUCGAGGGAGUGUGUGGUGGAACACAGACGGACCUCAGUAGCACACCAGAAUUCAGCGACCGUCUGUCUCAAGUUUGUUAUGGUGGGGUGGGUGGUUCUCCACUGCUGGAGCAACUUCCUCCUGAAUUGCCACCCCGUGCCCCUCUAGAUGAACCUGAUGGUCGACUGCUUAGCGGAGGUGGAGCUAGUCUUGGCAUGCCAUUCCCAGAGACGCCUGAUGCCACAGGGUCCUUCCUGUUCUCAGAGGGCUCAGCGUCAGAGACAGUGGAACACCCAUUAAGUGAGUGUCAAUGGUUCCACGGUACCUUGUCACGGCUCAAGGCAGCCCAACUGGUGCUGGCAGGUGGCAUGGCAAGUCAUGGUGUCUUCCUCGUACGCCAGAGUGAGACACGGCGUGGGGAGUACGUACUCACCUUCAACUUCCAGGGCAAAGCGAAACACCUGCGCCUUUCUUUAAACGAAGAUGGUCAGUGUCGUGUGCAGCAUCUCUGGUUUCAGUCUAUCUUUGACAUGCUGGAGCACUUCCGGGUGCACCCUAUUCCCCUGGAGUCUGGGGGAGCUUCAGACGUCACCCUCAUCAGCUUUGUUGGUGCCACGGCUGCCCGGCAAUCAGGCCGGGACAGGGCAGGCAGCCGGCCCACAGUCUGUGAUGUCAUCACCACGCGCCACCCUGACUCUCCAUCAACCCCCAUCUCUGACUGUGUACUUGACCAACAGACCCCGUAGUCCCCCUCAGCCCCCGCCUCCCCCCCUCCCGCCAGGGCGCCCUCCACCACCCACACCACCGCAGGAGCGUGUAACCGAUGCGGAGGCCAUAGGAGGAGGAGCAGCCAGCGGGCCUGAGGAAUGUGAGGAACGUGAAAGGGACACACCUCUAAGACAGCUAGAAGGGGCAGAGGCCGAAGAGAGAGAGGGAGGCCGGGCCAGAGCCAUCGACAACCAGUACUCCUUCUUCUGAAAAGCAGAGGAGGAGCGCCAGUCACAAUCAGUAUUUUUCACUUCAUAGGAAGAACUUAAGGGGUUGGGGGAAGCAUUACUAACACUAUUAAAAAAAGCUUUUAAAGAAUGAGAGAGAUAUGGAGGGAGACACACACACACACACUUCAUUGAAAAGUAAACAUAAACACUAAGUAACAGUACACUAAGUGGAGACUGGCUGAGGAAACAUUUGUUAAUGUUACACUACAUUUAUUUUAUUGUAUUUCAGUAUUAAAUUUGUCUCUUGUUCUUUUGCAUAGGAUGGUACAGUCCUUCCGCUUUGUGCAAUCACACUGGAUGGUACUCGAUCACCACGUGGUGCUAUCAUUUAUACACAGAUGUUUCAGAUUACAUACGCUCAAUCAUAUUUUCCCGGUACAUUUAUUUCAUUUUGUGUUUGUUGUUUUAUCGUUGGAUCAGCUGCCACUGAAGAACCAUGAUUGUUGCAGUUUGUUUCAGUGCUAGACUUCACACAAGACUGCUGCUUGCCAAAAUAACUCAUCUGUGAGUCAGACAAGAUAUAAAACAUCUCAAUGGACAUUGUUACCUCAGUGCCCUCGGGCUGUAUGGGUACAACUGCUGAUCUGAGACCUUAGAAUAAUUAAUGAAAUAUACAUUUAAAUUGGCUGCUCCCAGAUCAGCAGUCUUGCAGUGAGAUGCUUGAGGUGUUUGAGCCCUGAUGUCUCAUCCAAUGCUUUGCUGAAAUGUACACAGGGUUGGAAGAUUAUUAUGCAACCAAACCACAGUUUCACAUCUGCAACAUGCUGAUGUUCUUACCAGACUCUCACAUUGAUAGCUGUGUGUGAGUCGUUUAAUUUGGUUUGAUAGGUUUGGGUAAAAGGCUAAAGACAAAUUAAUUCAGACACCAUCAGACUCGACUGGGAAUUAAAGAUGUGUGCGCAUGUCAGUUUCAAUUGACUGCUGGUUAAUGUAAAAGGACACGUGUGAAAAGUGAUUUGGUUCAAAAAUCCUGCACCUGUCUCUUAUGUCAGGAGACUUUCUCUCUGUAUAUUUCUCAUUCUUUGUCUAUAUACAGUAGUUGCAUUUUAUUCAUCUUCGCUAUCUGUCUUUAUGACGUCCCUUCAGACUAUCAUCUCUCCUCUCAGUUUCAGCAUUCUUAUACACACACACACACCUGCACACUGUUUUACUUUUGUUUCUUUCAAAAGUCCAGAGGAGGGAGAACGUUGCUAAUUUACACAAGAAUUAGUUUCUUAUUGAAUAUGAUAUGGAAGACCGUGAUAAUUGAUAGUAAUAAUUGUCUAAAUAAUAGUAUUAAUUUUAUUUUUUAUGUUGUUUUAAAAAUGCCUUUGUUGUAUGUCGUAUAUUCUGUGUAUGCAUAAUAUUGUUCUCCAGACUGAGUUUCACAUUUUUGUGCCUUUUUUUUUUGUAUAGAUUGUGAUCUCCCUCAGCCUGUCCCACACUACUUUCCUCUUUUGCCUUGUUACAGUUUCCUCAAAUUUCAAGAGGUUUUAGUUUAUGGUUUUGUCUCUUAGCCCUUUCCAUUUUACUCCUUCACCCAUAGCUCCCACAAUCCCAGAUUUAUCAGAUCCUUGUCUUUAUGUAGUCAACUUUAAAAAAAAAAGAGUAUAUUGGCCCCUUUCCUUGACUAUUGAACUUCUAUUUGUGCCUUCUCGCUUUCUCCUCUCUCUCUCGCUCUUUCUCUUACUCCUCUCUCUCUCUCCUCUUUCUGUGCUGGGACCGUGUGUUGAAGUGGACUGUGUUGUCCACUCUGUGUAAUUAGUUUCAGGUACUACAUUGAAUUUAAUAAUAAUGAUAAUACAUGACAAUGGUGAUAUAAAUAUACUGAAACAUG